UCCACAGAUCUUCAUUUCUAAUGAGGUUAUGAAGUUGUUUAGAUUCUACAAAGAGCAAUAUCAGAAAACAGACUGGCAGAAGAUGAAGACAUUUGACAGGAGAAAACGUGAUCGGGUGGACCAUAUUUUGUUGUGUGGUGAAUUUGUGAAGAAGACCGAAGCUGAACUCAGUAAAGAUCUUGAUGUUGCCAGUUCAACCUCCACCAAACCGCCGAUUAAAACUCUGUACUCCACUGCGACUGAGAAGCUGAAGAUUAAACUGCUGUCUCAGCGGAAGUAAUUUCAGUAAUGGAUAUUAAUUGUGUGACCUUACGAAGGGAUGCCUCUUGUAUUUCUCUUUUAUACCCGAGUGGGACCCCUUUUGUCCAAAUAAUUUGUUGAUUAAAUGGUUCUUUAGUGAA